GGCUGGGUGGCGAGGGGACACCUGCAGGCAGCGGGGACCUGGCGCUGGGGACCACCACAGCGAUCCCCAGCACGGAGCCCACCGGUACCACGGCAGCCUGUGCUGAUGAAGAGCCCGCGGGGACCACCGCAGCCAGCGCUGGCGGGAGAGGGGAUGCUGCUGAGGAUGAGGAGGAGGAGGAAGAGGAGGAGGAGGAGGAGGACACCGAGGAGGAUGAGGUUCAGGUGAUCGAAAUGAAGAAGGAGAACGGCGAGGCGACCUGUCUAAAGCAGCACGACAGUGGCCAGGAGGCACCUUCCCCGACCAGCCCCUGCUGCAACUCCCAGGCGGAGAAACCAGGGGAGCCGCCCAGCCUGGGGAAGAAAAACGACAUCUCCAGACACAGCUACUCCCGAUACAACACAAUCUCCUACCGGAGGAUCAGAAAAGGAAACACCAAACAGCGGAUCGAUGAGUUUGAGUCCAUGAUGCACGUAUGA